AUGCUGCCGCUCGUCCAGACGCACCAGAUGGUGCAGCCCUCGUCCCAUUUCGACGCGACCUUGCCCUUCCGCCACCGCUAUUCUUACCAUGCCCAGCAUCCUCACCCUCCCAAGCAUGGCCCGCUGUCGUCCCAUCGCGCCUUUCCCAUUCGCGCCACCCAGCCGCCGCUGUCCUUGGCACCGCACCUGCAGCAUCCCGACGGUCGCGAGUAUUCCCUGAGGAGGAAGACCCCCAACGGGACCAUCGAUGCAGGCUACGAUGGUACCCCAGCCCAGCUCGCGUCUGGCCCGCCGCCGUUGAAGCACAUGAUCCUGCCGGGCGCGGGCAAUCUGCCGUCCGCCUCGGAUUACGAGUAUACCGUUGCCGGCCCCGUGAGCUGGCCCCCUCGGGCCCCGGGGUCGGGUGACUACGCCGAGCCCAGGGCGUUCAACAACUCCGACAACCACCCGAUGGCCCCCGGCGCUGGCUGGCAAUACCGUAUGGAUCAUGGCCCGCCUCCUCCUGGCCUCGCCUUGGAUUGUGCCCCCAACGCUCCGUCGGCGGCCUACUAUCCGUAUACCAACGGUCUACGGGUUCCAACAGUUGCGCAGCCCACGUACCAGCAAUCCCCUGGACCGGCAAUCUUCAACAAUGGCGGUCUGGCUCCCCUGCCUCUGUGGCCAGAUAUGAACGCGCAGUAUAUUGAGCCUACAGCGUACGGGGUGCCCUCGAUCCAGUCCAUGAACCGGCAAUCUUUACAUUCGUCGAUUCCAUUUGCGGCAUCGGCGCAACGCGAGCAUAGGCUUGAUGUUUCUCAUAUGAAUUUGCAGGCGCCAGCACAGAGGCUUGAAUCUCUCAGUCUUGAAUCGGAAAGAUAUGAUCUCGCUGAAAGUCAGAUACCCGACAAGUCAUCCCCAUCGCGCUUUCGAGAAAAGGCACUGGCGAAUGCACACCGUGCGUACAUAGACCUGUUGGCCUUCCUACACUCGAGCAAAAAGACGGGCUCUGGCCGCUCGUCUAAUGGCAGUCGAUCUUCCUCAAAGAUGGUCAUAUUUCCAAAGCUCCCCAACCCCCCGAAGCAAACCGCUUCGGCGCCUGGGCUUCACCACCGAGGGAGUUCCCAUAAUGGCUAUAGCAGCUCGGCUGGCUUCUCCGUGCCUCCUUACUCUUACGCGUCCCAUGCUCACGUGGGCAUGUCUGAAAUGCUCCCCGUGUCACACGAUCCAAGGCUACACGGUGCUGGAGGGGUCGGCGAUGUCACCAACACUGCAUUCUACCAUUUGUUUAACGAGGGAUCUCGGUACGCUGCCCCUGAGCCGCCCCGACCCAUGGUUGCCCAUACACCGGUCUCGAGCGCAAAGGCUGCUUCUGAGAUGCUCCACCACUUGUGUGAACAGAGUGGCUGGAAGUGGGUAGAUGGGAUGCUCCUGGGUGGCUGCCUUCAUUACGGACUGGAGAGGUAUGAACAAGCUCUGGAAUGGUUCUCUAGAAUCACGACCAUCGAUGGCGGUCACGUGGAGGCUUUAUCGAAUGUAGCUGCGACAUUAUACUGCUUACAGCGCAAUGAUGAAGCGGAGAGGUAUUGGAUGCUGGCUGUCAAGCUGAAGCCGAGCUAUCUCGAUGCUGUCGAGCAUCUAGUCGGGCUUCUCUGCUCAAAUCAGAGGAGCAAGGAAGCUGUGGACAUCAUUAGUUUUGUCCAAAAUUCUCUGCGUCUGCAGGCCUCGUCCAAGAAUGCUGUCUCGGGGCCCCCUCUCACCUCUGCAGGCCAUGGUCUGUCAUACUCUUCAUCUGGGGGUAGUUUGUUCGCCGCCAGCAAUCGAGUGCAGAACCACGCAUUCGAGGACAAUCCAGCACACCUGGACCAACCUGGAUAUGGCUCUAGUGGGUAUGAUGUGGCUGGCACUGAGAACGGUCGAAUGAUUGCUUUAAUCCAUGCCAAAGGCAACAUGUUGUACGCGCUCAAGGACAUCGAUCAUGCAUCUGAGGCGUUUGAGGAGGCGGUUCUGAUUAGUGCUGGGGGAGGAGUGACCUGUGUUCAAGCUCUCAUCAGCAGGAUACGCUCCGUCUUAGCACCCCCGAAUACGUACAACCUCUUUGGCUCCGACAACCAGGCAGGCUCCGCCGGACCGCUCCUGCUACCACCAGAGAAGGCUCGACAUACUGCGCAGCUUGUGUUCGCCAAUAAUGGUGAGCUUCCGGGGUUACGCUUUGUGCCUGCCGGCGCUCCCAGAAAAUCUGCGAUAUCCACAAUGAGCAACUCUCUGUUAUCGCUGGCCAAGAUCUUCCAGGACGGCAUGUCUAACGGCGGGUCAGCAUUGGGGCUUUUACAGCAACCUCCUGGCGUUGGCGAUAUCCUCGCCCUCUACUAUCUUUCCCUCUCGCUGUCAGAGAGUCCCUCCACCGCCAACAAUGUCGGCAUCCUUCUUGCUAGUGUCCAACAGUCCAGUGUUCUACAAACCCUUCCAGCGGCUGACAGUUCGAGUAACUCUUCUAUCCCUGGAAUACAACCAGGAAGCGGGCUUGACCUGGCGCUGGCCUACUACAAGUACGGCCUCAGUCUCGAUCCCAAACACGUGCACCUGCAUACCAAUCUUGGGAGCCUUUUGAAGGAUAUAGGUCAACUUGACCUAGCCAUUCAGAUGUACGAACAGGCUGUAGCAUGUGACGGGACGUUCGACAUUGCUCUGACAAAUCUUGCGAAUGCUGUCAAAGACCGUGGGCGCAUCAACGAUGCUGUGAUAUACUACAAACGGGCGGUAAAAUCUAACCCGCACUUUGCGGAAGCUGUCUGUGGGCUCUCAACGGCACUGAAUUCCGUCUGUGACUGGAGAGACCGCGGUGGCGUCAUCCUUCACGGUACCAAGUAUGACAGGUGGCACGUUGACGAGGGCGGCAUGCUUCGGGAUGCGAGGCACCAUCCCACAGGGUUUGGCCUGAUCAGUAGAGUGGUGGAAAUUGUUGCUAAGCAGCUAGCCGACUCGUCACAUUGGGGUGUGGGAAUCUUGCAGGGCAGUUCUCUCCGGUCCGUGGUUGCGCAGCUGAAGGCUGCCGGCGCUGAUCAAACGGAUCGGGGGCUCAACCUCGAAGUCGAGUGUCGAAAGUGGGCGGGACGUCCCUGGGAAGGCUCUCGACUGCUACGCUUAGUCGAACGUUCCGUCAAGGCAGCUACUCGUCUUUGGUAUCGUGACAAGUACAUCCUCGGUCGACCUUCGAGGACUGGGUAUCCGCGGCCGCGACUGCCCGCGUCGCUCGCGGUGCCGUCGGCUCCGACCGUUCUUCCUUUUCACACCUUCACGUGUCCUUUGACAGCCAAGGACAUUCGCAUGAUCUCUCAGCGCAAUGCCCAUCGUAUAUCAUGUUCAACUCUGCGUUCUCCGUGGCUGCCCAACUCCGUCUAUCCACCUCCACCGCCUCCCCGUCCACAUCUCAACAUUGGAUAUGUGUCCUCUGAUUUCAAUAAUCAUCCCCUUGCUCAUCUGAUGCAGUCAGUGUUCGGUAUGCACAGCCCUUCACGCGCCAAGGCUUUUUGCUACGCAACAACGGCGAGCGACAAGUCUAGCCAUCGGGAGCAGAUUGAGCGGGAAGCUCCUGUAUUCCGCGAUGUGAGCAGCUGGUCGACCGAGAGACUCGUGGACCAGAUUGUCAAGGAUGAGAUCCACAUACUAGUGAAUCUCAACGGCUACACCCGUGGUGCCCGCAAUGAGAUCUUUGCCGCAAGGCCUGCGCCCAUCCAAAUGUCGUUCAUGGGUUUUGCCGGUACCUUGGGUGCUGAGUGGUGUGACUAUCUCCUUGCGGAUGAGACGGCUGUCCCGCCCUCAACUUUGAGGCCCGUGAGAAGCAACGUCAGUCUCGAGGACGUUUUCCAAGAUGAGAGAUCAGCAGAUGACGAGGAUUGGAUGUACUCGGAGAACAUCAUAUUCUGCCGGGACACCUUCUUUUGCUGUGAUCAUGCCCAGUCCAGCGGGCCCGAGGAGAGACACAUCACGUGGCAUGAGGAGCAGCUUCGCCGAUGGAAGAUGCGAAAGGAGCUGUUUCCCAACCUGCCAGAUGAUGCCAUCAUCCUGGGGAACUUUAACCAACUAUAUAAGAUUGACCCUUCUACUUUUCGGUCAUGGUUACGCAUUCUCUCAGAUGUGCCAAAGGCGCGUCUAUGGCUGCUGCGUUUCCCUGAAUUGGGCGAGAACAACCUCCGGCGAACUGCCAGACAAUGGGCAAGCCAAGACGUUGCCGACCGCAUCAUAUUCACGGACGUGGCUCCAAAACAACUGCAUAUCUCCAGAGCUCGUGUCUGCGAUUUGUUCCUCGACACCCCGGAAUGCAACGCUCAUACGACCGCUGCAGACGUUUUGUGGUCUAGCACACCACUUCUAACGCUUUCACGAUACCCUUACAAGAUGUGCUCCCGAAUGGCAGCAUCCAUCUUGAAGGGAGCCCUCCCCAGGGGAAGCGCGGGCCUCAUGGCUGCCGAGGAGCUUAUCUCAGAGGACGAAGACGACUACGAGGCUAAGGCAGUUAGACUUGCCGGCAGUCUGAGCUAUGAUGUGACUAAUGGCCAAUUUGGGAUUGGGCAUGGCAGGCUUGCAGAACUGCGCAGGAUGCUAUUUUGCGCCAAAUGGACCUGCGCCCUGUUUGAUACCCGCAGGUGGGUGCGCGAUCUGGAAAGUGCGUACGAGGAAGCAUGGCGGCGUUGGGUCGAUGGUGAAGGUGGUGAUAUCUACCUUUAA